AUGAAUGCCGUGAAAGCAACAAAUGGUUCUGUUGUGUACGGCAAGACCAUCAAGGCAAUAUUACUUCGCAUAAUGAAAAAGACAACAAAUCCAUGUCGUAGCUUUGCUGCUGGUAUUUGUCGCAUGGGCGACCAAUGCAAGUAUUACCACGUAACAGAUGACGCAAGGUAUGCAAAUUUUGAUCCAGUUGCUGCGAAUCCUCCGCGGAUACCAAAAAUAAAGACAGUGAAAGUUAAGGAGUCAAAACCAGCUGAACCCGUUGCCGUACCGUCAGUGGCUAAUGAGAUUCCACCCGCUAAGCUCUGCCGUCAUUUUUCUCGUGGAUUUUGUGCAAAAGGAUCAGCUUGCACAUUUGCACACGUCAUGGGGCUUCCAAAAGAUUCUUUACCAUCGGGAAAAGCCGCAAAAUUAUGUCAAUUCUUCGUAAAUGGUCUGUGUGAUCGAGGUGAUGCUUGCAUGUAUGUCCAUCCGCCUCAAGCCGAUCCUGUGCCAAAAACGGCAGCAACAGAUACUGUUGUCACUAAGACCAAAGAAGAGAGCGAGACUAUACCUGAACAGGUUGUAGAGACUCGUGUGUGUAUUGAAUGUGAGAAGCCAGGCAUUGCUGUUUGGCAGUGCGAGAAGUGCGACAACUCGCUUUAUUGUGACGCUUGUAAUUUAAGUGUGCAUCGUGCACGUGUGAUGGCUAAACACAAGCAGAUAAAGCUGUCGCCGGCUCGAAUAAUGCCCCUCUGUGGCGAGUGCGAGUCUAGUACUGCCAGCGUGCAGUGCGAACAGUGCGAUGUUCCUUUCUGUGCCUCAUGCGAUACUACUGUGCACAAGUUUAAAAGCCUGCAAAAACAUCGUCGCACCCAGCUAUUGGAUGUGCUUGCGACGGAUAAAUUGCCAAAGAAAGCCGAGGAGCUGACACUUUUGAAACAGGAUGAAAAGAUGACAUCAAUGAAAAAAAGUAAAGCAAAAUCUGUUCCAGUUGCCAACAUCGGAGACCCCGUGCCAUAUGUCGAAAGCAUUCCACAACUUGA